GCUGCUUCUGUGUAGGCCCAGACUUUCCUUCACCCAAGGUGACUGUGUACUGCACCUGUGUGGUGGACAGAUAUCGAGAGGAAAUGUGUUGUGAAAUUCUAGCCCCCAGACGGAAGAGCAGAGUCUUGUCUGGAUCCUCAUGUCUCAUACAGCUCUUCACACAACAAAGGACUAGCGUCGGUCCCAUACUGGCGCACUGAGACACCCGGUUGCUUGCUCACAUAGUACCCAUGAUGCCGCGCGCCCGUUCGCUUCGUCUGCGCCGCCAUGUUGUCGAAGUGAAAGACAGAGUUCAGAGACCCGGCGCGCAAAUCCGUCACCAUCUGCAGCCUCCACCUGUGGUGGUAUGAGUGGUGCCUGUGUGUUGAAGAGGAAAGCUGUUGCCUGGGACUCCUUCAGCCUUCACUGCAGAUCUCCUCCUCUGCCGCCCCCUUCGGACAGCCCCUUACCCAGCAUGCCCGUGGUGCUGAGUGCCGCCGGCCCCGCCCCCCAGCCACCUCCCCCUUCCCAGGGGGCGGGGCGUUCCCAAGACGACGCCAUGGUGGACUACUUUUUCCAGCGGCAGCACGGCGAGCAACCGGGCUACGGCAGCGGGAAACAGCGCUGGCCCACCGGCGACAGCAUACACGGCGACAGCCAGGUGCGAUCCAUGGAUGAGCUCAACCAUGACUUCCAGGCACUGGCGUUGGAGGGCAGGUCCAUGGGAGAGCAGCUCCUGACGGGGAAGAAGUUCUGGGAGCUGGAGGAGGGGAAGGAGGGGCCUAAAGGCAUCUUCCUCGACCAGUGGAGGGACAGCGCCUGGGGAGCUUCAGACCAUUCAGUGUCUCAACCAAUCAUGGUCCAGCGCCGGUCAGUUCCAGGUUUCCAUGGCGUCGGGGAGGCGGGCUCGGUGCUGUCGCCGCGGAGCGAGAGCGGGGGAUUGGGCGUGUCCAUGGUGGAGUAUGUGCUAAGCUCCUCCCCUGCUGAAAAACUCGACUCGUGUCUGCGCAAAGGAGCUUUUGGCCCACACGACUCUGAAGCCGACGAGUCAGAAAAGAGGGGGGUGGAGUCGAAGCCUAAGGUGGCAUUCGACUCUGACAGGAAGGAACUGGUGGAGGCGGAGCCGGAUGUGAUGGACAACCCCAACGGACUGGCCAGCCAGAACGGCCUGGACGUGGACGUCAAAGACUACAGUCGUCAAGGUAACUGCCCUCCACCCGGUAACGAGGUGGAGUUGGGCGGGACAGACCUGUCGGGCGGUGCCAUGUCCAAGACGGGUGAUGACUUCUCUACCGUGGAGCAACAGAACGUGACCCUUGACCAAAUGGAGUCCGUCUCCAUGGAGACACUGCAGUUUGACUACACCAGUGGCCAGCUCCCCCUGGACUCCGCCCCCCAGACCGUCAGCCUUUUUGACUACAACUCGCAACAGCAGUUGUUCCAGAGGCCAGGAGCACUGGCAGUCCAGCAGCUUACAGCCGCCCAGCAACAACAGUAUGCCCUGGCCGCACAACAACCACACAUCGGUCUGGCUCCAGCUGCGUUUGUGCCCAACCCCUACAUCAUCAGUGCAGCGCCCCCGGGCACAGACCCCUACACUGCCGGCCUGGCUGCCGCCGCUACCCUGGGUCCUGCAGUGAUGCCUCCGCAGUACUACGGAGUGCCGUGGGGGGUGUAUCCAGCGAACCUCUUCCAGCAGCAAGCUGCCCCCUCAAACUCAGCCAAUCAGCAGAACCAGCAGCAGCAGCAGCAGAACCAGCAACAGGUGAUGCGUACAGGUGGUUCCCAGCGACCCCUGACCCCCAGCCAGGGGCAGCAGGGACAGCAGGCGGAACAGCAGCUGGUUGCCGCGGCAGCAGUCAACUCAGCCCUGGCGUUUGGACAAGGCCUCGCCGCCGGAGUACCAGGCUACCCAGUGCUGGCUCCAGCGGCGUACUAUGACCAGACGGGGGCGCUGCUGGUCAACACAGGAGGCCGCAGCGGGCCGGUCAGACUCAUGGCCCCCGCCUCUGUCAUCAUCAGCCCUACAGCAGUGGCUGCAGCGGCCGCCUCAGCCAGCGGGGGUGGGGCGGGGCUGGGGGGCGGUGCCAGCUCGGCUGCGGCGUUCCGGGCGCUGAGCAACCAGCAGGCCACGGCGGCGGCGGCAGCGGCGGCGGCGGCCCAGCAGGGCAGUGGGGGGUGUGGCCUGGGCGGCAGCUCCUUCUACGGCAGCGGCUCCCUCAGCUCCUCCAGCCAGCAGAGCUCCAGCCUCUUCUCCCAGGGCGCCCCGCCGCCCCAGCAGCCCAACUCCUCCUCCCUCAGCUUCAGUGCCAACGGCUCCUCGUCGCUCGGGGCCGCCCUCGGCUCACUGGGGGGGUUCGGCACCGCCGUGGCUAACUCGAGCACGGGUAGUGCCUCCCGCCGUGAUUCGCUGACGGGCAGUUCCGAGCUGUACAAGCGCACGGCUAGCAGCCUCAACCCCAUUGGCCACGGAGGAUUCUACAACGGCCUGGGCUUCAGCCCCUCCCCUGGGCCAGUAGGCCACUCCCACUCACUCACCCCACCCCCCUCUCUGUCCAAUCAUGGCUCUUCUUCCAGCCUCAACCUCGGUGGCCUGACCAAUGGCAGCGGUCGUUUCAUCUCGGCGGCCCCGGGGGCGGAGGCCAAGUACCGCAGCUCCACCACGGGCUCCUCCCUCUUCAGCCCGAGCAGCCAGCUGUUCCCGUCGUCACGGCUACGCUACGGCAUGUCAGACGUGAUGCCGUCGGGCCGCAGCCGGCUGCUGGAGGACUUCCGCAACAACCGCUAUCCCAACCUGCAGCUGAGGGAGAUCGCCGGCCACGUCAUGGAGUUCUCCCAGGACCAGCACGGAUCCAGGUUUAUCCAGCUGAAGCUUGAGCGGGCUAGUCCUUCAGAGAGGCAGCUGGUCUUCACGGAGAUCCUGCAGGCUGCCUACCAGCUCAUGGUGGACGUCUUCGGGAACUACGUCAUCCAGAAGUUCUUUGAGUUUGGCAGUCUGGAGCAGAAGCUGGCGUUGGCGGAGCGUAUCCGUGGCCACGUGCUCUCUCUGGCCCUGCAGAUGUACGGCUGCCGCGUCAUCCAGAAGGCCCUGGAGUUCAUCCCCUCCGAACAGCAGGUCAUCAGUGAGAUGGUGCGUGAGCUGGAUGGGCACGUGUUGAAGUGCGUGAAGGACCAGAACGGGAACCACGUGGUGCAGAAGUGUAUCGAGUGUGUGCAGCCGCACAACCUCCAGUUUAUCAUAGACGCCUUCAAGGGACAGGUGUUUGCGUUGUCGACCCACCCGUAUGGCUGCAGGGUGAUCCAGAGGAUUCUAGAACACUGCCUUCCAGAGCAGACCCUGCCCAUUCUGGAGGAGCUACACACACACACCGAGCAGCUGGUGCAGGACCAGUACGGUAACUAUGUGAUCCAGCAUGUUCUGGAGCACGGCCGAGCUGAGGAUAAGAGCAAGAUCGUCUCCGAGAUCCGCGGCAACGUCCUGGGACUCAGCCAGCACAAAUUCGCCAGUAACGUGGUGGAGAAGUGUGUGACCCACUCCCUGCGUGCGGAGCGUGCGCUGCUGAUUGACGAGGUGUGCAGCAUGGCGGACGGCCCCCACAGCGCCCUCUACACCAUGAUGAAGGACCAGUACGCCAACUACGUGGUGCAGAAGAUGAUCGACGUGGCCGAGCCCACGCAGAGGAAGAUCGUCAUGCACAAGAUUCGUCCGCACAUCGCGACCCUGAGGAAGUACACGUAUGGCAAGCACAUCCUGGCCAAGCUGGAGAAGUACUACAUGAAGAGUGGCGUGGACCUGGGCCCGCUCUGCGCCCCGCCCAACGGAAUCAUGUAAGCCCCACUCCCCCCCACGCCCCCCCAUCAACCAAUACGGCCCCUCGAAUCCCCCCACCUCCACCUCCACCACCUCCACCUCCUCCUCCUCCUCUUUCUUCCUGCCCUCUGAGUCCAGAUCCGUAGACAUGAUUUACCUAUGGUACAGAGGGCACCAUACCCACACGGCUAGGAAGCCACACCUUCAAUUGUGACAUCAUGGAUUUCGUUCAAUUAAUUGUUUCGUUUUGUUUUGAUUUUUCUCACACUCUAUCUCUCUCUCUCCCCUUCAAUCUCUACCCUCUCACUGAAAUUUAAAAGUGUUUCAUUUCACGACUAUUUUUUUUAAUGAUUCACAUGCACAUAAAAUCUUUUGGCACACAACUAAACCAUGAUAUUGCAGCCAACAACUCCCUGUAGCUAACAACAAUUUCAUCAUCCCUUAAUGGCUAACAGGGGUAACUUUAUUUUUGAGCAUGGGAGAAAAUAUAGUCAAAAUCUUUUUUCUCUAAAUGUAUGUAUUGUAUUCUGUUUUUUCUCUCUCUCUCUCUCUCUCUCUCUCUCUCUCUCUCUCUCUCUCUCUCUCUCUCUCUCUCUCUCUCUCUCUCUCUCUCUCUCUCUCUCUCUCUCUAUCUAUCUCUUUCUCUCUCACACAAACAUACUUACACAGACACAUGCACAUUCAGGUCUUGCUUCUUUCAAUGUAUGUAGUGUAUUCUUCGCUGUAGACCUUUGCAUAUACUUAUAAAUAUAUACAUAAAAAGUUUGUAGUUUUUUCUCUGGUUUUUGAUGUUGACCUGUAUCUAUACUGUAUUCCAGUAGUGCUGACUCUGACUGCUGUAUAAUUGUAUAUUUGUAAACCUUGUGUAAAUGUGGAAUCCUUUUUCGAGGAAAAAAAAACAGAUGCUAAAAAAAAAGCGAUUGAUUACCGCUGUGAGCGUGUGAUGUCCAGCGCUCUGUAAAUCACUGCAUUUGCUGUAUAUUGUAAAUUGUAAUAUCAGAUUUUUUUUUUGUUUUGUUUUUGUUUUCAAAGUAACAUAAACUCAAUUUCCUUUUCUUGGAUUUUUUUGUUUUUGUUUUUUUGUUUAGUUUUAACAUCCGCUUCACCUCCUCACCAACUUCCGCCGGCCUAUCCCACAAUGCUUUGCUCUCUCCCUCUCUCUAUACCUCUAUCAUUCUCUCUCUUUUUAACCUCCUUUUUAAAAAAAGAUCCCUCUCUCCCACAAGCGUGUGGCGGGUUUGUGUUUGGGUAGAGAGGUUUAGGUAAAUGCUUCAAACGCGAGUGUGUGUACAGAUUUAUUUUUUUCCUUUUUCUUUUUUUUUUGCCAUUAUGUGCUCUAAUGUAAGUGACUGUAUAAAUCUGUUAAUUUCUUCCUUUUUUUUUCCCCUUUAUUUUUUUGUUUUGUUUUUUCGAUUUGUUAUUUACUCCUUUUUGCUGCAGUGUACAUUUAAACAAAAACAAAAACAAAAGCAAACAGCAUUGUGUAAAUUUCCUGGGUCACACACACCCCUGCUGCGUCUGUGUAUAGAGAGUGUGUGUAGUCAUGGCCUUGCCUCCGCCCGCGGUGGCAGCAGCAGCAGCAGCGUACAUAAAAGAUUGCCUGGCUGUUUUGUAUCUCCUGUUGUAGACGGUCUCGAUAACGCUGUGUGACCUUUAUUUUGAGACAAAAAAAGAAAAAAACUCAAAAAUUCUA